AUUCUGUGUGGAGCAUUAUGGGUUAGGAGAUUUGUGACUCCAUAAGGCGAUCGGCUGGGAGAGAUGGUAGAAUGGGAGAUUAGAUGGGGAGAUGGCGGACACAUCAUGACAACUGAAAAGAGUUUAGUGGCAGAGGCUGAGACUCCAAAACAGCCUCCACCAAAAGAGGAGGAAGUAGCUGCUGAAACUGGGAAACAGGAAGCCUCCUUGGAGAAAGCAUCUCAGCAAACACCUGAGGGGGACAAUCAAUCAAAGAAGAAACAGAAAGCAUCCAAUGGUGAUACACCCACUCGGGAAGACCAGAGCAAAAACAAAGAACGCACUUCUGAAAGUCGAGGCCUGUCACGCUUGUUUUCAUCAUUCCUCAAGAGGCCCAAAUCUCAGGUCUCUGAAGAAGAAGGGAACGAGGCAGAAACAAAAGAAAGUGGUGAAGGCCAGAAAGAGACAGAUAUAGGAGAUGAUCCCAAUGAAGAGAUUCUGCUGAAAGCCCCCAUUGCAGCUCCUGAACCUGAGCUCAGAACUGACCCAUCUUUAGACCUCCAUUCACUCAGUAGUGCAGAAACACAGCCUGCCCAGGAAGACAGAAGAGAAGAUCAGGAUCAGGAUCAAGAUCAAGAUCAAGACCAGGAUCCUGAUCAAGACCCAGAGAACAGGGAUUUGGAGAUUAAGGAAGGAGAAGAGCAAGUGGAGUGCUGUAAUACAGAAGAGAAAAAAGAGAACAAGGCAAAAUCAGACAAGGAAAUAAAAGGCGCUCAGAAGACUACAAGAAGACCCAGAAACAGCAUGCACUGCAAAGUUUCUUUGCUGGAUGACACUGUUUUUGAGUGCUCUGUGGAUAAACAUGCCAAAGGGCAGGAUUUGCUUAAGAAAGUAUGUGAUCACCUGAAUCUUUUGGAAGAAGACUAUUUUGGUUUAGCAAUAUGGGAUACUCCAACCUCCAAGACAUGGUUGGAUGCUGCCAAAGAAAUUAAAAAACAAGUUCAUGGAGGCCCAUGGGAUUUCACUUUCAACGUUAAGUUUUAUCCUCCAGAUCCAGCACAGCUGACAGAGGAUAUAACAAGGUAUUAUUUGUGUCUUCAGCUGAGGAAAGACAUAGUCACCGGCCGACUUCCUUGCUCUUUUGCAACACUAGCUCUGCUGGGUUCUUACACGAUCCAGUCUGAGCUGGGAGACUAUGAUCCAGAUUUGCAUAGCGCAGAUUAUGUUAGUGAAUUCAAACUGGCCCCAAACCAGACAAAGGAACUGGAAGAUAAGGUCAUGGAACUACACAAAACAUACAGAUCAAUGACUCCAGCUCAAGCUGAUUUGGAAUUUCUUGAGAACGCCAAGAAGUUAUCAAUGUAUGGAGUUGAUCUUCACCAAGCGAAGGACUUGGAAGUAGUGGAUAUCACUUUGGGAGUCUGUUCCAGUGGCCUUCUUGUCUAUAAAGAUAAGCUGAGAAUCAAUCGCUUCCCUUGGCCCAAAGUCCUGAAGAUUUCUUACAAGCGCAGCAGCUUUUUUAUUAAAAUUCGGCCUGGGGAGCAUGAACAAUAUGAAAGUACAAUUGGAUUCAAACUUCCUAGUUAUCGUGCAGCCAAGAAACUAUGGAAAGUCUGUGUUGAGCACCACACAUUUUUCAGGCUAACAUCCACUGAAGCAAUUCCCAAGAGCAGGUUCCUGGCACUGGGCUCUAAAUUCCGCUAUAGCGGUCGGACUCAGGCCCAAACGAGGCAGGCUAGUGCUUUGAUUGACAGACCUGCACCACAGUUUGAACGGACAGCAAGUAAACGGGCCUCUAGAAGCCUCGAUGGGGCUAAACGUACCUCUCAAAAAAUUGAGUUCAUACCUGUAGAGGAAGAGAAGCAGGAGGAUGUGGUGUGUGUUGGGGUUCCGGAAUCAGAGCCCGUGGAACAAAUUGGAGAGAUGCCAGCAAAAGAUGGCCUUGAGAAUAUUGAAAAGAAACAAAUAGUGACCAAGGAGGAGGUCAGCUUGGAAGUUCCUGUUGCAGAAACAAAAUUAGUGGAACCAUUAAAAAUAUAUUCAGUUGUACAUGUUCAUGAAAAGUUUGAUAUAAGCACAAUAAAAGAAGAGGAGAAAGAAGAAAAAACACUUGUGGUGCAGGAUCUAGAACAAAAGCCACUAUCACUUGAACCGAUUCAGGAGGAGUCAGCAGUAGCAGUGGUUACACCUGACCGAAGCACACGCCCUACAUCAGCACCUGCUAUUGCUCAGAGCCAUGUGAUUGAACCUACUCCACCCGCUGUAUCUGAUAACAAGGAACCAGCAGUUGCUAAAACAGAGGAGGCACAGGGAAAAGAAUUAAAACGUGAAGAAACAUUACCAGAGAAGCCCAAAACUGAGCAUGAUGGAGAUUUCCAGCAGCGUGCCGAAAAAGAGGAAGAACCGAUAAGAAUGAGGAAGAAAAGAUCAAAGAGGCUAGAUGGUGAAAACAUUUAUAUAAGACAUAGCAAUUUAAUGUUGGAGGAUCUAGAUAAAACUCAAGAGGAAAUUAAGAAACACCAUGCCAACAUCAGUGAGCUGAAGAAAAACUUUAUGGAAUCUGUUCCUGAGCCACGGCCAAGCGAAUGGGACAAACGCUUGUCUACUCAUUCUCCCUUUCGGACUCUGAAUAUCAACGGACAGAUCCCUACAGGAGUAGAAGGAGUCCAGGUCAAGAAACCCACAUUUCAGUCCUGUGAGAGACAGGUUGGUGGGCCAGAGAGCAUGAGUGACUCUUCCUUCAAAGAGGAUGAGGAUGCAGUGGCAGAAGGGAAAAAUAUUGCCUCCAGCUUUGAAUGGGAGGUCUCAAAGCACUCAGUAGGCUUUAGUGAGAGCCCAGUGUCAGCUACCCAGGAGCCUGCACAAACUCAUGAAAAUGACACUACUGCUUCUAUAAGCAGCAAGGAGGAGGUGGAGGAGGGUGCUACAGCUCUCGCUGAGAGUGAGGAAGACCUAAGGAGUGAAAAGGGAUUUUAUUCAGAUGUGGAAAAACAGACAGAGGUGGAGAUCUCUAUAAUCCCUACUUCACCUCCAGUGCAGACCCAUGAGCAAGAGGAGGAGGCAUGUGAUGUGGAAAAGAAACAAAAUUCAAGAGAACUACUUAGAAAACUAAAUGAAAACUAUCACAGCUUAAAUAUUGAUAAUGAAUUUCCUGCCCUCAUUCGCUGUUUCCAGCCACCUCUUGUGAAGACUCAGACUGUUACUAUCUCUGAUGUGUCAAGUUCUGUGAAAAGUGAAAUUCCAACUAAAGAAGUUCCUAUUGUCCACACAGAGACCAAGACUAUAACUUACGAAGCUGCACAGACUGAUGAUGGCAGUGGGGAUUUAGACCCUGGAAUUCUGCUAACUGCUCAGACCAUCACUUCAGAGACCACCAGCAGCACUACCACUACCCAGAUCACAAAGACGGUGAAAGGUGGAAUUUCAGAAACACGAAUUGAGAAAAGAAUUGUUAUCACAGGGGACGCAGACAUUGAUCACGAUCAGGUUCUGGUUCAGGCCAUCAAAGAAGCAAAGGAGCAACACCCAGACAUGUCUGUGACAAAGGUGGUGGUCCAUCAGGAGACGGAGAUCGCAGAAUAGCAAGACCUGCUAUAUCUAUAAUUAUAUAUAUGUAUAUCAAGGCGAUGUCUAUUUUACUCUGAGAAAGGCCACCUGAAAUAUACCAGCAGAACUACAAGGAAACUACCUUGGAGUACCAUGACCUCAAACUUGCCAGAGUUACUUUAUCAGACAUUCUAUCACUUACUACUUGGAGUUGGGCUUUUUGAUGUUUACUUUGGAUUCUCCUCAGUACAGUGGAUCUUUUUUUUUUUUUUGAUUAUCAUUUUUAUAUAUUGUGACCGACAGUAUGCCAUACUUUUCACUGUACCGAAGUGGGGUUUUUUUACAGGUUUUCAUUUUUGUUGGCAUUCCUUUUUCCUAGCACCUAUUUUUUUCAAGCUGUAUUAUGAAGUUUGAAGGCCCCCCUGGCCAAAGCAUAAGGCUUGUUGAAGGGGGAGUUUCCUUUAACUGCAUUGCCCCUUCAUUGUUGUUAUCCUUUUGUCCUUUGCAUUCUCACUUAGUGAAUUCUCACUUACUCAUAUAGUGUGGGGAUGUCAAUAAUCUAGAAGUGGAUCUUCUUACUAGGAAAGUCAACAAAUCAGUCCAGUUUGUGCAGCGUUUUUUGCUCUCCUAUUGUGACUUGUCCUGGAGUUUUUAUACCGAUACAUACACAUUUAUACAAGGCUCUCACAGGUGUGUCUACCCUUUUUUGCCUUUGGAUUUUCCUUGCUUGUGGACUUGUGAGCCUCUAGAUGCUUCAACAUAGCAGGAAGCUGUGGAGUAAUAUAUUCACCGCUAUUGCAGUCUGCGUUGAGAGAGAAUGGAAUUUGGUUCACUUUUAUACUGUGAAUUUUAGAGCUUUUCAGUGAGCUAUGACAAAGAACCUUUGCCUUCAUCCCCUCCCCGCUUUUCUCUCUCAUAUUAUUUUGGGCUUCUUGAAAGACUGUAUCAAUCUUAUCUAUCAUUUCCCCCACAUUAAAUCAAGCCUGUUAGAAAAUGA